AUGGGCAGGGUGGGGAGAGGACAGAAGUCCGCACGAACGACUGAAGAGCCAUCAUGGGCUCCUACGGGAAAGCUGAAUCAGUUUCGAGGAUUUGUCACACCACGUCCAUUGCCACCGAAUGCCGAUUUUGAAUCAUCACAGGAAGCAAUCGAACUCGAACGGGCAAUAAAAGAACUUUUGAUUCAAAAACCAGCUUCAGCGGAAUCGGCUCUGGCUAAUCAUUUGUCUUCCGAGCAAUUGAAUAUACAAGAAGAAGAGUUGAAUGAAGCAUUGAGUUCGUUGCAAAUACGUAAUGAGGGCCGACUUGGUGGUUCACGCGAUCAUUCGUCACAAGAAGUUUGGAGACCUAAAGAACAGUUGGCCUCCGGCACCAAAACGAGCGCUGGAAAUUCUACGGAAAUCAAAUCUGUGGAGAACAAAUCUGUAGAGAACAGUCCGGCUAGUGAACAGAAAGAAAAAGCCAAGGUGGAGAAUCCCAAUGUGAAGGAUCACAUGGAUAUAACAAAUCCCGAUUUCCUCGAAGAAGAUCAUCCGCCUGCAGAAUUUCAACAAAGAGAAACUGCAAGUUCAAUUGAAAUUCCUCAUAAUGAAGAUUUUAUUCGAGUGGAUCUCAAUAAGGAAGCGCCACCACCUGUGUCCACAACUACUGACCCUAAUGUAAUUGAGGAAAUCAAGCACUUACUCGACGACGAGGACCACUUUGAGAAAUUUGGUACUCGCCCUGAGAUCGUUCAACCGCAGCUAAGUAAUGCAAUUGACGAGGAUACCGAACCUGUGGUGGUUACGCCAGCCCCGCCUGAACCUACUACAAUCACGUUUCCAACGACGCCUUCUACCACCAGCACUGCUGCCACCACGACAGUCGUCAACGAUGCCGCUGGAUUUAUCGAACCGGUGGUCGUGAAUAAGCCGUUGGUUUCUGCUAAAGUUACGUCGUAUGGUUUAAGUAAACCUCUACCGGAAACAGUCAUGAAGCAGAAGAAAAAUAAAGGUUUCGGAUUCACUGGAUUCGCCUUCCGGAAAUCGUCAGACUCAAAACGAUAUAUCCACUAUGGAGAGGUAACAAAAAAGCCACAGGUACCUGAGAACUCACCCCAGGAUCUUUCUCCGGAUACACUUAAGGCCCUGGAUUGGAUGCUGCAGAACAUCACAAAGCUGGCAGAACAAGGCGAUGAGUCACUCAAGAAAGAAUUCAGUUUGGACGCAGACAAUAAUUCCAACACAGGGUUCCCAGUUCCUAGCGAGCUCUUCCCAACAGACGAGGAUGCGGAAAUAGUGAAGCCUGUGAAGCGAACCAAGUCGAGGAAAGGUGGAAAGAAGUCAAAGAAACUUCGAAAGGGUAUGUCAAAGUUGAGAAAAGGUGGUCGUGGACCGCAGAGUUUGGAGCUUCACUCUGGAGAGUUUAAACCAGUGGAGAAACGUAAGAAGAAGAGUGUAAGUCGAGAAUUUACUAUUUUAUUUAUUGCCAACCCCAGUGACUAUAAACAACGUAUAUUUCAAUCUGAAUAG